CAGAUCUAUGAGUCAGUAGCCACCUUGAAAGGAAAAAGCCACAGGAAGAGAACUAGGCACUUCACAACUUGUAGGAUUUUAUCACCAGUUCUUGCCUUAUUAGCUGAUGGAAAACCUAUACCUCUUCCCUGUGCUCGAUUCGCGGUGGAAAACCAGACCAAACCCUCCAACCAGGUGGUAGAAAAGAUUUCCUCAACUCAAGUGGAAUAACUGAAGGUUGGAGUCACUAUUGAUGAAUACAAGCAUUAUGGUGUACAGUUAAAGACCUAUGAGCAUAUUGACAGUAACAAACCGUGGUAAUAUGCAAUCAAUCAAGCAAGAGGUGGACUCUGGUGAGUCCUACAGUGGAGACGACGCCCUGGUCCUGGCUGUGGCCUUACAAGGGGCUAACAGAGACCAUAUAGGCAACAAAAUCUCUCCAAUUCCGUUCAAGGCUAAAAGUACCUGUCGCAGGAAAAGGGAGUUUAUCCCAGAGGAGAAGAAAGACACCCUUUACUGGGAGAGGCGUCGCAAAAACAAUGAGGCGGCCAAGCGCUCAAGGGAAAAGCGACGCAUAAACGACAUGGUGCUUGAGAGCAAGCUGAUGGCCCUUGGAGAGGAAAAUGCCUCCCUCAAGGCUGAGCUCCUGUCGUUGAAGCUGAAAUUUGGCCUGGUGAGCUCAGCAGCAUAUGCCCAAGAAGCCCAGAAGUUAUCCAACUCUACCACUGUCAACCUCUACCAGGAGUUUGUUCCACCCAAUGCUGACCAAGGUUCUUCCUGCAGGGAUUUGGAGCCUCUUCAUUUGCGCAGCAGCUGCAUAUCAGUCAUCAAGCAUUCACCUCACAUGCCCGAGACAUGCACUGUAACUCAGGGUAGCUUCAGUAUCUGCAGGACUGCAGAUGUCAAGCAAGAACCAGCAGAGAAUGGCAGCUAUGCACAGGAGAGGAGUAGUCCUUAUGAGCUCUAUAGAAACUACAUAGCCAGCCCUUUGUCUGGUGUUUGCUCCCAGCCUGCUUCAUUCCUGCAGAUCACCAGCUCAUCCAGUAACUCACCGAGGAGCUCAGAUGAUGGUGCUAUAAGCAAAUCAUCAGAUGGUGAGGAUGAGCAGCAGGUCCCCAAAGGGUUGAUACCAUCUGUAGCUGACCCAAGAAGUGUCAUUGUCUCCACACACAAAGUGCCCGAUGCCAGUUCCUCAGCUUUGCCCCAUAAACUGCGGAUCAAAGCCAGAACCAUACAAAUCAAAUUGGAGGCUAUUGACCCUGAAUACGAGUUCUCUGGAAAGUCCUCAUCUCCCGUCAGCAUUACAGAGGGAGGAUGCUACCAGACCACUCAGAACUCUUCAGAGUACAUGGAGUCCCAUCUGUGCCCUUUGUCAGUACAGGUCACCAACAUGCAAGGAUGGACCCACCGGUCUGAGCAGUGGCAUAAAAGCAGCACAGAGGCACUGUGGGGUGGCUGCAAGAGUAACAGGCGAACCCCAAGCCCCGUCUCAAACAAAACUAUUGUGGAUGUAAAAGAACCUUCUUAUGCACACUCAGAUGAUGAGGACUUACAUAUAAAACAAGACCUUGCCACCCUGUCUGCAAAAGUCGCCUCUUUGAAAAGACUGAUCACAACACAGCAAGGGUCUGUGAUAGAGUCAACCAAAAGCACCACUGAUCAUCAUUAGUCAUUAUCAAAAGGAUGUUCCUCUGAAUAACCUGUGUGUUUUACAUUUCCACUUAAUUUGCUAUUGCACUGUGUGGUUGUUAUUAGGGUUAAGUAAUGUUUCGAUUAUUGUAAAUUUUCAAAUAAAAGCUGUUCAAAUAAUGGCAGAGUCUAAAACAAUAGCUGUUGCAAGCACAAACAAAGACUGCUUACUAAUAUAGGCUGAAGAAUAGUGGAAUUACCUGUAUUUUAAUAGCUUGCAUGGUAAAAUCAGUACAAUGUACAAUGCCACAGUACUUGUUCCAUCAGCACAACAACAGAGCUAUGUCAUACUCACUACUCUGCUUUUGAGUUUCCCUUCUCUAACAUUAAUACUCUUUUCAUACACUUGUUAAUUCCAGUCACUUCUACGGUGGUGGUUUUUUCAUCCACUGUUGGGUUACCAUCAAUGAAAGGUAACACUUCCUGCAGUAUAAAAAGCCAACUAGAAAACAAUGGGAUUAUCCCCUUUAAGGAUGCUGGAAGGCUUUCAUGACAAAUCUUUGCAGGGUGCUCUGACUGUCAUUGACGGUAACUUGAUCAGGGAUAGAAAUGUGAAAGUAAUUAAUGGUGAUUAAAAAUAGUAUUUCUGUUCAAACAAACAGGAAAAAAAACCUCAGUGAGAGCAGCAGAGUGAUCAGUAUGACAGGACUGGCGGAUCAAGUUGUCCCAGGAAUGGACGAAAAGUUUGCAUCAACAGCUAAUUAAAACAUGAGAAAACAGGGAGAGCUUUUAAUAAAAUAUGAUCAAAUAGGGUUAUAAAAGGGUAAAUUAGAAAUAAUAGCUUAUGGUUUUCUCUGCAGUAGGGGUAGCUUAAAAAAAGGAUAUCCCGUCACUGUUAUGUGUGAAACUUUUAUUUUACUUUUAACAAAUUAUUCUUGACUGCUGUCACUGGGCUCUAAUCAUCACUAUACACCUAUGGUCACUGAACACUUUUCUGUUACGAUUUUGUGGAGCUGAAAAGGCCCUGGUUAUUAACGGCUGUCUCCAGCCUGGCCUGUUGACGUUAUCAUUUCAUGUUUGGCAGGGGUGGAGUUUGGCCAUUCUUUAAAGCUGAAAUGCAUAAUUAUAUUAAUUAAUGUAAUAUGGUUAUUGUAUACAUUUGUUAUUUGGUGUGGUGACAGAUUUACAACAGUUGGAGACGCAGCUCAUAUUUCUGCUUUAAAGAAAUGUUUGAUAUUACUUUAUUUUAUGGGUUUGUAAUAUCUGAAUUAUUUCCCAAUAAUCUUCAAGACAUUUCCUGGAAAGAAUGAUGUAAUUUAGUAUGUAUUGUGGGGAAAAAUAGAUGUUUAAUUGACAGACUCCUAAUUACUUAUAUUCAAUUUCAAUCAAUUCAAUUUUAUUUAUAUAGUGCCAAAUCAUAACAGAGGUUAUCUCGGGGGACUUAAAUGACUGCUAAUGUAACCUAGAGAUUCUUUAGUCAGUGUGCAGCAGGUCAGCUGAACAUGCAAAAAUAUGGACUUUCUCUACAGACAAACAAUUGAACACGUGGAAAUUUAGUUUCCAAUAAUAAAUGAAUAAUGAGUUAAUAUAAAUUAGGUUUAAAUUUAGCUUUUCUUAAAAAGACAUUCCUAUUUUCCCUACAAUUAGCGUCAAAUUACAUCUUUACAGGAAACUUUCUAGGAAUAGAUUUGAAAGUUACAACCCAUGAAAUACAGCAUAACUGAUUUCUGUUUUCCUGGUUGACAAUGUUAUUGCUGCUUACCUUCAUAACUAAAGUAAACAAUAUUGUAUUGUUGUACAUGUUUGCAGUCAGUGACAUUGUCACUGUAUUCCAACAGUGAGCUGAAACAACUUCACAGACACCAUGCUACACACUCCAUCAUCGCCUCUACUGCAGUUUAUAAAAGCAGAAAGUUACGGAAUUUUAACAUAACUUUUAAAUUGGCUCUGACACAUUUACUGGUUCAGUGUUUGCCAAACAGCCAUCAAUUCUCUUGUUUUCUAGUAGUCUUGUUAAUUGCUUAAACCUUCCAGGCUGCUGGUUAAACUGAGUAUGUGGGUGUGAUACUGGCAGGAGAAUUGUGACUACCAUCUGAUGGAACGGACUUACAGAGUGUAACUGAAUUUUAUAAAGAGCUGACAUACAUUAUAUUCCUCCACAUUCUAUCCUCAGUUGGUGGAAAAUUAAUAUUUUUUAUCAAAAAGUCUCCAGAGAUCCAGCAUGAUACCCUUAUAGUUCUUGUAACUGUAUUAUUACAUUUUACGGAAUCCAGAACUGUCAGGGUUUCGUCAAACAGCUUAUUUAUUAAUUUUUUAUAGCCAUUUGUGGGAUUACAUCAUACCCCGUGACCUUCUCUGUAGUCAAUAUAAAAAUGCUGACUUCAGUCAACUCUAGUUGAUGUGACAUAGAAUAAUGCAGUUCAUUUUAAGCAAAUUGUGUAUGCAUUUGUUAUCAUAGUUUGGAAUAUCUCAUUGAUGAUGAUGAUGAUGAUGAUGAUGAUGAUGAUGACUCCAUUUGCCCAGCAACCUAAAGUUCAGCUGUCUAGAUUGGAACACUUUUCUCAAGAUUUAUUGUAACACUGA